CCUGUGUGUGCGAUGUGCUAAACCAUAGAAUAUCGAGGUGUGAAAGGAUAAUAAAUGCUGUUUACUUUCCUAUGAUGUGUAAUCAGACUAAUCAGGUAAAUUAUAUCAUGAAGUUCUUUAAGUUACCAUUCGAGUAAUAGCAAUAGUAGCCUUUUCAGUUUGCUUCUAACUUCUCAGGUAAUAGCUUCCUAUCUUCAAUCUGAGAAGACACCAUUAUGACCACACCGACGACCCCUACCUUAGCCAAGACUCUACCGCCCGCAACAAUGGAAGAGAAGCUAGCCUUCAGCGGGCUAAAGCUAAACCUCCGCUGCAUGCGCAUUCUCGGCACCAUGUUUCUGGACCCCGGCGCUGGCCUGCUGCAGUACAGGAUCCACCGAGUUUACAUGCGGCUCGCCAUACUCUUGCCCUUCCUGUUUAUCGGACAGCAGCUUAUUAAUAUUUAUCAAGUUCGUGAUGAUGCGGACAUGGUGAUGGACUGCAUGUUCAACUUGCUCACAUUCGUCAACAACAUCAACAAACAAAUGACUCUCAUCUGGAAGAAAGACCAGCUUCAGGCAUUGCUCGAUGACCUAAAGGGUCCACUAUUCAACCAAGAAGACGUCCGUCACAAGCGCAUCCUGCUAGACUUCUACCGCUGGUCCCGGGUUGUGUUCUGGGUGUGUCUCAGCAUGCCCAUCACGACCAUGGUGAUGUGGAGCUUCCUGUCCCGCCUGCCGACGCAUAGGGGUGGCAAUGCAGUGGAGUUUGGGAUAUGGCUGCCGUUUGAUCCUAAUGAUGAUGCUUAUUUCACAUUGGUGAUGCUGUACGAGUUCACGCAGCUGACGUGGCUCGGCUGCAACAACUGCAACGUGGACACCUUCGUGACCAUCCUGCUGCAGCAGUGCACCACGCAGAUACGGAUACUGAGGUUAGAUUUAGAAACAGCAGUUGAAAGAGCCCAAGAGAAUGCUGAGUCAGAAGGCAUUACCUUUGACGAAGCUUUUCAUAAAGUCUUCACCCUGUCUUUACGCCAUUACAACGAAAUCAUUAGGCUAUCCAAAAACAUUGGUCACAUAUUUGGGCGGCCGAUAUUUUUUCAGUUUCUGGUAACUGCCUGGAUUAUUUGUACUAUAGUGUACAGGAUUGUUGACGUGAAUCCGACGAGCGUGUUGUUCAUUUCUAUGAUCGCCUACAUGUCGUGCAUUGUCGUGGAGCUGUUCCUCUACUGUUACUUCGGAACUAUUCUUACUUAUGAGAGUAUGAAGCUAACCAACGCAGCGUACUACAUGGACUGGCUACGCCUUCCAACGCGCCACCGCCGCGCGCUCGUCAUCUUCAUGGAACGCGUCAAGAGCCCCAUCGAGCUGCUGGCCGGAAACAUUGUUCCACAAUCUACUAACACCUUUGUUUCAGUAUGUUUUUCUUUAAUUUCCUUUUUAGGUUGUUAAAAUCAUAUUGUUUAC